AUGGCGGAGAAAGUUAGAUACUACUUGGAACAAUCAGUUCCAGAGUUGGAAGAUUUAAAGAGAAAAGGGAUUUAUGAUAAGAAUGAAAUCACCAUGAUCAUGAGGAGAAGAACCGAUUUUGAGCAUAGAAUUCAAGGAAGAGGGUCAAAGCCAAGAGAUUUCUUAAAAUACGCAGAGUUUGAAACCAACGUUGAGAAGUUGAGAAAGAAGAGAUAUAACAGAUUAAACAAGGUAGGACUCAUUGAUACGAAACCUAGUUUGUCGGAUUGGGCAGGAUCUAGAAGAAUUUUAUUUAUAUAUGAUAGAGCUACUAAAAGAUACCCCGGCGACAUGAACAUAUGGUCACAAUAUUUGAAAUUUGCAAAGGCAAAUGGUGCAAUUAAGUUGAUCUAUAAAGUUUAUUCACGUUUAUUGCAAUUACAACCAAGAAAUAUCGAUGCGUGGUUAUCCGCAGCUAAAUACGAAUUUGAAACCAAUUCCAAUGCCAAAGGUGCUAGAGUUUUAUUCCAAAGAGGUUUAAGAUUAAAUCCUGAUUCGUUUGACUUAUGGAUCUCAUAUGCUCAAUUCGAAUUAACAUACAUUUCAAGGUUAUUGGCAAGAAGAAAGGUUCUUGGCUUAAUUACUGACAAACAACAAAAGGAAGAAAUGGAUAACGAAAAGACAAAAUUAGAUAAGGCUAUUUCUACAUCUGACUCUAAUGAUGAUCUUGAUGGUGACACCAUUAGCUUGCCAACAGGAGAUGAUGAAAUGAAGGAAGAAUUAACACAUUUACCAGAAGCGGAUAUGAACAUGUUGGGUAAUCCCGAAACUAAUCCAGCAUUGAAAGGGGAUGUAGCAUUAACAGUUUUUGAUUUAUGUAUUCCCGAAAUAUUAAAGGCUGUUCCAAAAGAUGCUGCUGCUUCUAAAAGAGAUGAUAAAGCAUUUGAAAUUAUAAAUCAAUUUAUGACGCUUUUUGAUAAAUUCAGUGAUUUGAAUAGAGAUUACUUAUAUUCACAUGUCUUAAAUUAUGUACAAACUAACUAUCCAAAUGAUUUGAGGACAUUGAUUAUUGAUAUUACCUUACCCAUCAGAAAUGUUGAAAUCAAUAACGAAAGCUUAUCUGAAUUAUUACAAUUAUCAGUCAACAAAUUUAUUGCAUAUAAGUUGAAACUUAAUGAUUCGAAACAGAAGGAAACACUUAUUAAUACAUACACCGAAUUUUUGACUGACAGAUUCCUUCAUUCUACUACUGAAAAGCCUUCAGAAAGAAUUGAUACUUUAUUACGUGCAAUUAUUAAGAAGUGCCGUACUAUUUAG